CCCCGGCAUGCCGCCGUGCUUGGGGCGGCGAAAUGUCUAGAGCCGCCCCUGAGUGUGGGUACGUGUGCCCCGCCUGCAGUCACACCUGCUGGCUGUAGGGAGGGCCCUGGUAUGCGUAGUCUGGACGGGAGGAACUGCCCUCCACGCUUCCCUCUUCACGGGGCUUUUUAGAGGAAGGCUAUUGCACUAUAAAGGAAAAUGUCUUUUUUUUCAAAAAUAUUACUGCAACCAGAAGUUGAAGAAUACCUUGGAACCAUGUUUAGAAAUAAGGAGCUCAUAAGUGCUUUAGGCACUCUGGAAGCGGAGAGGAAAUAUGAAUCUCUGUUAAAUUGUCUAACUCAUCCUCCAGCUUUCACAACUGUUAGAGUUAACACUCACUUGGCUUCAGUGAAACAAGUGAAAAAUCUGCUGUUUGAAGAGAUCCACAAGCAGUUUAAAGAUCUUAGUGUGCCAGUUCUUCAGCACCCAGAACUCCAGGACAUCUUACUUAUUCCUGUCAUUGGACCCAGGAGGGAUCUGCGAAAGCAAUCAUCUGAAGUCAUUGUUGGAGCCCAGUGUGGGAAUUCAGUGCUACGAGGAGCGCAUGUCUUCGUUCCAGGAAUCAUAUCUGCUUCAAAAUUUAUGAAAGCUGGAGAUGUGGUCUCUGUAUACUCUGAUAUUGAAGGGAAGUGUAAAAGAGGAGCCAAAGUAUUUCUGGGAACCAAAGUUUUUAUUGGAAAUGGGAUUUCUGAAUUGAGUCGCAGUGAAAUCUUCAGUUCAAGUGGCUCACUCAAAGGAAUAGGUGUAAGAAUGACAGACCCAGUCUACCUUAGUCCUUCGUUGGACAAUGUGCUGUCCAGUUAUUUGUUUUUGCAGAACUUGCCUUCUGCAGUUGUAAGCCAUGUUUUAAACCCUCAGCCAGGAGAGAGAAUUCUGGACAUGUGUGCUGCACCUGGGGGAAAAACAACCCAUCUUGCAACAUUAAUGCAUGAUCAGGGUGAAGUGAUAUCCAUGGACAAGACAGCUAACAAAGUCAAAAAAAUCAAGCAGAAUGCAGCAUUGUUGCAGCUGAAUUGUGUUAAAGCAUUUUGCUGUGAUGGAACUAAGGCACUUGCGAUUGGGAAGAAAGAAGAUGGGCAAGAAGGCCCUCCAUUCUCAGCAGAGUCAUUUGAUCGAAUUCUUCUUGAUGUUCCUUGUAGUGGGAUGGGACAGAGACCAAAUAUGGCCUAUUUCUGGACUCUAAAAGAAGUGAUGUCUUAUCAGCCAUUGCAACGCAAGCUUUUCAGCACGGCAGUGAAAUUGCUGAAGCCAGGGGGCACUUUGGUGUAUAGUACAUGUACAAUUACCCUGUCUGAAAAUGAGGAGCAAGUCGCCUGGGCCCUGGAAACUUUUCCCUGCCUCCAGCUUCAGUCACAGGAACCACAUAUUGGAGGAGAGGGCAUGAUGGGAGCUGGAUUGUCACUUGAUCAGCUGAAGCUGCUGCAGAGGUUUGAUCCAUCCAGUGUGACUUCAUGUGAAAUGGAUAUUAACUCUUUGCAGGAUUCCAGGGAAGAAGACCUGAUCUUGCUGGCAAAUAAAGACUGUAUAGGAUUUUUUAUUGCAAAAUUUAUUAAAUUGAACAGCAAAUAGACAUUUAGCAACACAACCCAAAAAAACACCUUUUGAGUUAAGAAUGGUCCAACUGUUAACUGUGUCUUCUGCAUUGUUGUCAAGCUAACAGGCUGAUGACAUGAUUUCUAUAGCAGCCGUAAAAUCUCCUAGCUGUUUUACUGGGAUAGAGUCACAGUUGCAGGAGUGUUGAUUCAUUUUUAUGUCUCCAUUAGCUUUUGUAUUUAUAGUAGGUCAGUGGUGGAAGGAAAGGUAAAUGGAUUCAGAUUACUGGUUGUUGACUUAGUGUACAGUAUUGCACAUUUAGAUUACUGCUUGUUUUCUGUUUUAACUUGUUGGUUUAAUGUGUACGGUAUUGCAUAGGAACAGGUUUUGCUAUGGGAAUUUAAAUGUUAUAAAAUGCAAAAAAAUCCAGAUUAAGUACACUGAUAAACAUAAAGUCAAAUUUUGUAAAGAAUGAUAGUUUCUAUAGUGAUGUGAAAUAGUUGCAUUUCAUAAAGAGCUGUUUUAUAAAUUAAUAAUUAUAACAUCUCCUCUCCUUUAUCUUACUCUAUUCAUAUUAUAGACACACAAUACAAUAGGCUUUGUAGCAUGUAUUUUACAGCAGCAUAUGUAUACUGCCCCUCUCCCUUCAGGGAAUGAAAGAUACAGUGCUUCAAGGUCAAAUUUCCCAUUUGUAAGCCUGGAGCAGUUCAGACACAGCACUGCUGGACUGAUUGACUAGGGACAGUUUUAAAGUCCAAUAUCACUUGCACCAUGAGGGCUACAGUCUAAUAAUAAAUGCCAUUGGGAUGGUGAAUCUCUCAGCUUUUUCAUGGCACAGAGUAUCACAUUCCUAUCUCUACCUGGCAGAUUGUGACAUCUAAUCCUAUAAUUACAGAAUCAUAGAAAUAUAGGGCUGGAAGGAACCUCACGGUCAGCAAGCGCAGGUCCCUGCACUGAGGC